AUGGCCGAUCCAAUCAGCAUCGCAUCUGGUGUUAUCACUCUUGCUGCUUUUGCUUUCCGUUCCAGCGUUUCACUCUAUCAAGUUGUCGAAAGCUUCCAAAGAUCGUCAAAAGAGAUACGCGAGCUGGCGGAAGAGUUGACCGGGUUCCAGAACGCCACAGAUACCCUCCAAAACAUUGCAUCCACGUACGAAUCGCGUUUCAGUGCUCUCAGUCUCACCCUAAUUUACUGCGGUGAGACUUGCCAAGAAUACCAAAAGCUCAUCGAAACUUGCUCCAAGCAUUCAAAAGACUCGAGAUCAAGCGUCAGAGACUGGGCCAGGCUACAAUACAAGGGAGAUACCAUCCAUGACUUCAAGGAAAAGCUCGCUUUGUACAGGAGCACCAUCACAAUGGCUGUUACCAGCGAGACCUUACGCACCACUGCCUCGACCACAGUCGAGGUUCAAGACGUGAGGAAGCAGCUUGAGGGAAUGAUUGAGGAAAACAGAAACGAGCUCAAUGAUGCACUUCAGAUCAUGACAUCGAGGCUGGAACUCGCAAGCGAAGGGAAGAACGCAGAGGAAGACGUUUCCGAUGACCAGAAACGACAGUCCGCUGAGGUUCAAAGCAUCAAGGAUUGUCUCGCAGUAUGCUCAAAGGCUUCGGAGCGUCUCAAGCAAGCUGGGGACCAUGAGUAUGAAGACGUGAUCGUUGAUCGCGCAGGAAAACAGAUCAUCGUGUCCACGACAGGCGGCAAGCUAACGGCAAGGCGAGUGAAAUGUGCCGUGGAUGCCAGUCAGGUGCUGGGGGCAAUGUCAUCAGCUGACCUCGAGCGAACACUUAGCUUCUUACCUACUGGUUCGGACCGAACGACAGCUCAGCAAAAUCAGUCUCGGUUCAGCACGCCUAUCCAAGACGUCUGCGAGCUGGGUGGCAAGCCGGUGGAUCGUCGCGGAUAG